AUGUGCUGUUUUGGUCUUGUCUUAUUUCUACUUGGAUCUACAAUUGUACUUUCACUAAUUCCAACUUAUUUACCAACUCGACCGUUCUAUGAAGCUUUAUUACCCACUAGUAAACCACAAAAUGUUUUACUUCAAUUAUCUUCAAAUACUAACCUGUUAUCCGGAACAACACUUGAUAUUUCAAAUCAAAAUAUUGUUCAAAAUCAGAUGCAAAAAGCUUUAUCAAAUGAUCAAACAUCUUUUGGUUCGUCAACUAUUCGUAUUCUCAAUGCUACGGUCACAACAUUUUCACGAAGAAAACGACGUCAAACAAAUACUGCAAAUAAUGGAUUAAAUGUAAUUUAUGAAUUAAUAUUUCAUAGAUCAUGUACAAUUAGAUGUCAAACUAAAAUACUUAGUUUAGCUCGUACUAAAUUUGUAUCAUUAUUAAUUACUCUACAAAGUAGUACAUCAACUGCCUCUGAUGAUGAAGUAACAGGCGAUAUUACAAAAAUAUCCGAAUAUUGGGCUAAUAUUCGUCCAUAUAAAGAUAAUGCACCUACAGUCUUUGGUGUGUUAGAUACAGGUUUACCUGAUGAAUGUCAAGUCGAACAAGUUCAUAUAUUACAUCGACAUGCUUCUCGUUAUUUUACAACAGAUGCAUUCGAUGGUGGAAAUAUUCUGCGAUUUGCAACAAAAAUUCUUUCUACUAAUCGUAAUAAUUUCCUAGGUUUACUUUCAUUUCUUAAAACCUGGUCAUUAGACAUAAGUAAUGAUUUACUUGUACCAAGUGGUGCUGCUGAUGGAUAUAAAUCUGGAGUCAAUUUUUGGAAUGAAUAUGGACGUAUUCUAUACAAUGCUCAAUCUGGUCAACCCUAUUAUAAUGCAACUAAUCAAAUAAAACCAUUAGUACGUACUAGCAACGUACAACGAUGUUACGAAACUGUACUUGCCUGGACUUCAGGAUUUUUUGGUCCAUACAAUACAACAGAUAAAUAUUCACUUAUAAAACUUUCUUAUGAUAGCGGAUAUAAUAAUACACUCUAUGGUGCACUUGCUUGUCGUAAUUUAUUUAUACCAUCAGCAUUUACAUUCGAUCAGGAUGCUAUGUAUGCUUAUCUUGCUCCAGUUCUCGCCAAUGCAGCAAAUCGUUUUUCUUCUUAUACAAAUUUAAAUCUAAAUUUUACACAUAUUGAUGUAUUUGCAAUGCAAUCUUUAUGUGCAUAUGAAUAUGUAGCACUGGGUUCAAGUGAUUUUUGUUCAUUAUUUACAAUAAAUGAAUGGCGUGGUUAUGAACAAGCAUUAAAUCUUGCUUUUUAUAAUACAUAUGGACUUGGAAAUGAAACUGGUCGAGCUCAAGGUAUUGGAUAUGUUCAAGAAUUAAUUGCACGAUUAAAUCAUCAAUUAAUUAAUAUAAGUUAUUCAUCUGUUAAUUCAACACUUGAUUCAUCAGAAACAACAUUUCCAUUAGAUCAAUUAUUUUAUUUAGAUAUGUCACAUGAUAAUAAUAUUGCUAGUGUAUUAGCAGCUUUAUCAAUUGAUUAUUUUCGUGAAAAUUUAUCAACAAUAUUUCCUCCUCCAUCAAAUCAACAUUAUCGAGUAUCUCGUAUGACUCCAUUUACAGCUCGAUUAAUUAUAGAAAAAAUUGGAUGUACUUCAUCAGUACCAAUGGCAAUAAAUUCAUCACAUACAGAGUAUUCAUCUUCAUCUGUAUUAAAACCAUAUAAAUUCAUACGAAUGAAAUUAAAUAAUGGAGUUUUACCAUUAGAUACAAUUCGAGGUGGAUUAUGUUCAAUUGGAAGAACAGAUGGUUUGUGUUCAUUAGAUAAUUUUCUUGCUAGUCAAACUAAUGCUAGUGUUAUAGCAAAUUUUAAUUAUGUCUGUUUUGGAAAUUAUACUAUUGAUAGUAAUACGGUUAUUACUGAUGGAACACUUUUCGCAUAA